CAAGGGCGCGGCCUAGAAUAAAUGCGGCCACUGUUGGAGUGACAUACUUCCGGUAAUGUCGUUAUUAUCAAAGCCUUACAUCAGUUAACAGCUUAAUCUGUGUCACGGGUGGAAUACAAUCGUCAUUGUUACGGGUGGAUUACAAUCGUCAGUGUUACGGGUGGCCUACAAUCGUCAGUGUUACAGGGUGGGUUACAAUCGUCAGCUUAUUCCAUAGUCCUUAUCCUGUUUUAAAGAGACUUUGCAAUGAGGACACGUGUAUGGGCGUCGGCGAUUACAAGACAAGAAACCAGUUUCGGGUGUCAAAAUUUGUUUAGAUACCAUGCCAGCGUAAACACAGACCUAACUCGUGUAACUCACGUCGGUAGGAACAACUGUGACAGAAGGACAACAUGUACUGAAUCAAGAACUGUGGUUAUCACCCGUGUUUAAAGUUUAUCCUCCACUUCAACAUGCUGUGCCGGUACGCGAGUGUGCUAGGGGUCAUCCUGGUCGUGUACCUGUGUCUCGGGGCGCUUGUGUUCCACAACAUCGAACACCCUAAAGAGGCCGAGGUCAGGGACAACCAGCUCAGCUCCAUCAAAGAAUUUAUGUCUAACUACAGCUGCCUGUCUCCUGCUGAGUUGGAUCUGUUCAUCAGGAAGGCGAUGGCAGCCUAUAAGCAAGGCGUCCUCGUCACCACCAACACUACCUCUAAGGACAACUGGGACUUCUUCAGUUGCCUUUUGUUCUCGCUUACCAUCGUCACCACCAUUGGGUACGGCAACAUGUCCCCGGUGACCCCCGGGGGGCAGGCCUUCUGUGUGUUCUACGCUCUAGUUGGAAUACCCUUGUGUGGAGCCUUCAUCCUCAACGUGGGCGUCAAGCUGCAAACUCCUAUGCGGAAACUCUUGGGGAAAGUGUGCUUUCCAGAGCAUCCGAAAAUUGAGAUGUACCUUAAGAACGGCCUUUUCGUGUUAGUUGGACUUCUAAUGUGGCUAUUUCUACCAGCAGUGGUAUUUUCAAGGGUUGAAAAAUGGACAUACGGGGAGUCACUGUAUUAUUGUGUCAUCACCAUGACAACAGUGGGUUUUGGAGACUUCGUGCCAGGUCAACAGGCCAAUGAAUAUCGGCAGGUAUAUCGGGUCCUGGUGGUUGUGUGGAUUCUAAUGGGUUACGCAUGGCUCGCAAUGCUUCUCAGCAAGAUGACAGACACAGUCGUUAACGUCAACAACACCAUCGAAGAUAAAAUACGGCCAUCGUCAAGGAAGUCGUCUACUGACGAAGAUGGAGAAAGUUGUACAACCACUGAGAAGGGCACAAAAGAGGUGAAGGUCAAGAAUGAGGUCAAGGACAUGAAAGAGGCCAAGGACACAUCUAUGAUCACCACCAUUCUGUAGUAACAAGACACCGGAAUAUCGAUCUGUGAAAAAUAGUUGCACAUGACAUUAAUGAAAGGAUGAUGGCCUCGAGAAUCUCACAAACGUACAAUUUGACAAUUUUGGGUUCAGAUCAUAAUGAAUUCAUAUAUGGUGGUGCUAUUUCGUACAAAAGAUGUUGGUCCGCGUAAAAAAUGUAAGUAAGAGGUAAGUGAGUUGGGCUUAAUGUGGUCGAAAGUUUCAUGUUUAACAUGGUGAAGACAGACAUGAGCACGACUUGAGUGGCAAUUCUAGGGUACAAAUUGUACCCAUGUGGGGACUCGAAUCCGGGCCUUCGGCGUGACGAGCGAACGCUUUAACCACUUGGCUACCCCAUCGCCCCACAAUAGAGAACGGCAAAACGAUUAGUAACUGUUGUAGGGAAAACUGAUGCAUACAAUAUUCAUAUCGAUAAUCAUUAAACCUUCUUCCCAUCAUAGAUGAUUUGCCCUUCUGGACACUGCACUAUUUUACUGUUUUCAUCUUCUGUAGCCGAGUGUACUCCACGACAGUAUAAAUGCUGUUUUAGGGACUUACUUCUUCCAUGUACCUAUGUCCAUAGCGAAGUGCUAUCCAUGUCAUCAUAUUCAACACAAACAAAUAAAAUCUAUUUUUGUUAUUCCACAACAGCA